CGCGCAGUCUCACACCUACAGCAUUUGUUGGCAGCCGAGCGAAGAGCAGGACGCGAGAGCUGUGAGCAGCCGCUUGCCUUCCCUGCACCGCCGCCCAGUGCGCAGACCACCGUCCCCGCCGCCCGCACCGCCACCAUGGCUGAUCAGCUGACCGAAGAACAGAUUGCUGAGUUCAAGGAAGCCUUCUCUCUAUUUGACAAAGAUGGUGAUGGCACCAUCACAACAAAAGAACUUGGCACUGUGAUGAGGUCGUUGGGUCAAAACCCAACAGAAGCAGAACUACAAGACAUGAUCAAUGAAGUAGAUGCUGAUGGCAAUGGCACUAUUGAUUUCCCAGAAUUCUUGACCAUGAUGGCCAGAAAAAUGAAGGAUACAGACAGUGAAGAAGAAAUUCGUGAGGCCUUCAGAGUCUUUGACAAGGAUGGCAAUGGUUACAUCAGUGCAGCAGAACUACGUCAUGUUAUGACAAACUUAGGAGAAAAGCUAACAGAUGAAGAAGUAGACGAAAUGAUCAGAGAAGCAGACAUUGAUGGAGAUGGACAGGUCAACUAUGAAGAAUUCGUACAGAUGAUGACUGCAAAAUGAAGAGACCUCCUUCCACCUUUUUUUUCCUCUAGAAGAAUCAAAUUGAAUCUUUUACUUACCUCUUGCAAAAAAAUGUUCAUUUAUUCAUUCUGUUUCUGUAUAGCAAAACUGAAUGUCGAAAUACCUUCUGUCCACAAACUGCAUGUAAUGGUUGGUGGUCCUGUUCCCAAAAGAUCAAGUUAAACAUCAGUUUUUUCCAAUAUAAAUAAUUGUACUACCUUUUAAAAAUAAGAAAGCACUUAGUGAACUCCUCAAAAAGUUCCAUUUGCUAAUGACUAUUACACUGUUUGGGCUGGCCAGUUUUUCAUGCAUGCAGCUUGACAAUUGAGCACAGUCAGACAUUUGUAUUAAAACAGUUCAAAAAAAGAGAGGGAAAAACUAUAUAUAUAUAAAUAUAUUUUAAAAAAAGACCCAACCAACAAUCCCAAUCCACACUUUUCUCCCAAAGUGGAUUCUGGUUCAAUUUGUAACAAUAAAAUUGUCGUACCUGGUUUACUUUCAAAUUGGUCUAUACCUCAGGUGUGCAGCAAAAAUGGUUGAGGGAUGAAAAAUGGUUAGAGGCAGGAAAAAAAAUGCCUGGAAGGUGCAAAAGGGUCUAUUUUAUGUAGUAGCAGUGCCCCUGUCCCCUGAACAUGACUUGAGGCCAUGAAUGGCACGUCUGCGUUAUAUUGGUUUUAAUAUUGUUUGCAUUGCACUACUUGUGAAACGGGUGUUGGGUUGUUACCAUUCACACCUUGUUUUGAAAAGAACCUUUCAACAGGGGGCAGGAACAUCUUUGGACAUGUGCUCCCUUCUCUCCCCCCCCCCCCCCCCGGCUCUCUUGCAUUUUUAAACCCUUGUGUACCGAGACUUGGAGCUGCCGGAGUAGCCUGUGGACUUCAGCACAACUAUCAACAUCGCUGUUCAGAAUACUACAGUUAUGUCCAUUCCAAGUUGUAAAUGCUAGUCUUUUUUCCAAUAAAAGACCAUUAACGUAAAGGCAGUGUUACAUGCUUUGUAAAAGCCGAAUAUGUAGAGAUUUCUAUACAAUUUGAGAGACUAAACCAAAUGCAUAAAUAAAUGAAGGAAGGAAGGCAGUAGGGAGGGGGACUCUGUUCUGUAAAUGACCUGCUGCUAAAUUUUAAUGCACAUGUAUGCAAUAACUUAACCCGUUUAACGUUUCUUCAAGUUGGCAAGAACUGACCUCUUGUAACCCAAGGCCUUUGCUAUAAAUAAAUGAACUUGUGCUUGCCUUUCAUAUUUA